GUGAGACGAUCGCGAAGAGAUUGAGAGAGGAACAGAAUGGGAGGGUGAUAUAGGGAGGUGGGGUGACUGGAGGGACUGUAGAGAGGGAGCUUAAUAGAGUUGGCAAGGGUGGCUGAAGGGAUAGUGCAAUGCCAUAGAGAGACAAAGAGACGAUUGCGAAGAGAUUGACAGAGGGGUAGAGAGGGACGGUGAUAGAAGGGGCGAGGGUGGCUGGAGGGACAGUGCGAACGGCGCCAGCAGGCGGCAGGCAGUCAACUGUUUAGCGCUUUAUCGCCAAUUUGUUGCGGGCGCCCAAUCAACGUCGCCGUCGCUGUCGCUGUCGCCGUCGCUGUCGCCGUCGCCGUCGCCCUUGCUGUCGCUCUCACAGUCGCCGUCUCAGCUCUGCUCAUGCAGAACUCUGUGUGCUGGAUUUAUUUGAGCAUUUGUUUUGGUGCGUUUUUAUUAUAUAUAUUGUGUGUAUUUAUUUUUUUUUUAUCUUAUCGGGCCGCUGGCGAGCGAGCGUUGCCGAUAAGGCGGCACACAGCACUAAAAGAAUUUCAAUAGUUCGAUUCGAGUGGGAGAGCGCGCUGAAAUCCGAGCUGCAUGUGAAUGGAAAUGUUGCCUGAUCCCACUGCGUCAUAGUUUCGCCAACUGGAGAGCAGCACGGACUAACGGGCCGACGGACGGUCAGCGCAUUCGACCGAAGGACCGGGCAGAGCUUGCGGUCACAAGCAACAGCGAAGAAGCAGAAACAGAAGCAGAAGCUGAAGCUGAAGCAGAGAAAGAGCCAGGGAAAGAGUAAGAGGCGAACAGAGCGCACAGUGGGGCAAGUUAUGCGAGCUGGAUGAGAGCUAACGGAAAUUGGCACUUGGCGGAGGAGCAGAGAGCAGAGUUCGCACCACGGCGCGACGAUAAGUCGCUCGCACCACUGACGUCAUCGACGCGCUCGGCAAGGCAAAGUCGAAGCAGCAGCGGAAGGAGUGCAUGAGCUGAGGCAGAGCAAGAGAGAGGAGAGUGGAAGUGAGAGAAAGAGAGAGCGGGAGAGUGGGAGAGUGGGAGAGGGGCAGUCACUGUCACAGUUGUCCGCACAGAACCAACAACAGACUCAGCUACGAUAAGCCGCCAAGCUGAGAGCAUCGGAGCAUCGACGCUCACGAGUCGAACUCGAAUUGCAAGUGGAAGUCGAAGUCGAAGUCGAAGUCGAAGUCGAACUGCAGCUCGGAUAAGGCAGUGCAAUGGAGGCAAGGGCAAGUAAUAGGCCAGUGACGCCCGGAACACCGGACUCGGCGCACUUGAUGAUUGGCGCAGCUGGCUACGUGGCCCACGAGCGGAGGCACCAGCCCAAGCGACUGAUGAACUGCUUUCGAGAUCGUUCGACCUCCACGUCGUCGUCGCCCUCGGCGGCGGCGCACUAUGGGCGCGCGCACAGCUCCACAUCGACGGCGCUGCUGCGGCUGGAGGGGAGCGCCGGAUCGAACUGUACGCUGGAUCAGGCGGGGCUCGCCGUCGGCGCUGGCCGCCCGGAGGCCGUCGUCCUGCUCCGCGAGCUGCGCACCAAGCCGAACAAAUUGACGCUGCUGAAGAGCAGCAGCACGCGAGACCUGACACGGCUGCUGCUGGACGAGUCGUCUGCGGGCACGACAGCGGUGCUCGUGUCCAAUGGCAGCCUGGACGUGUGCUCCUCCAGCAACUCCUCGGCGGGCAGUCCGCGCAACGGCAACCGCGAGUGCUGCUCGGUGUGCGGCAAGCGCUGGCAGAAUCUGAAGCAGCGCAUGCACACGCUGGAGCAGGAUCUGCAGGCGCAGGCGAGCUACAGCCAGGAGCUGGAGCAGAAGCUGGCCGAGAUGAGUCGCCAGCUGGCAGAGCUGCAGCAGCAUCAGCAGCAGCAGGAGAAGCGACAGGCAGCAGCCGCUGCAGCUGCACCGGCAGCAGGAGCACCUGGCAAACGCCAGGGCGGCACACCUGUCCGUCCGUCCCGGCUGGUCGCCUGGAUGAACCUGGCCAACUGGUGGAAGAGCCGGCCCAGCGUUGAGACGCUGCGCGAACAGCGCAUCUUCUUCGACGAGCCCUGCUUCGACACGGAACUGGAGCUGGUGCUCAAGCACGAGCAUCAUCGCACCGUGCCGCGCAUUGUGAUCGACUGCUGUGACCUGAUCGAGCAGAAGUAUCGACGCUCCGCCCAGCCCGUGGAGGGCAUCUAUCGGCAGUGCGGCGACUACAACAAGAUCCAAACGCUGCGCUUCAACAUCGAUGCCAACGACUACGAUGCACUGCGUCAGCCCAACGUCGACAUACACACACUCACCGGCGUACUAAAGCUAUUUCUGCGCGAGAUCAAGAGCCCCCUGAUCAGUGUCAACGAGGCCAAAACGUUUAUUGGCCCACCCAAUCAGUGGCUGCUCACCGAUCUGAACCAGAAGCUGGAGAUACUCAAGAGACUGAUGCGCUCACUGCCGGAGAUUAAUCGCGAUACCUUGGACUAUCUCUUUGGCCAUUUCAAUCGAUUGACCAAGGUCCCGCUGCAGCAAAUAAGCGCCGAAACGCUAUCGAUAUCGAUAACACCAUCGGUAUUUCACACAGUGCCACAGGGUGUGCACAUGAAUGACAUACAGGAGCUGCUUCGCGAAGGCGAAACUCUGGCCGAUUGCGUGAACCUGAUGAUCGAGUACCAUGCGCGCAUAUUCGAGUAAGUGGAGCGCCUCCAGCGGCAGCCAAGCCUAAUCCAAAGCUCACUCCCCAAAAAGCUUUUGUACAUGUGGUGCUGGUGUUCGUGUUGUUGGUAUUGGUAUCCCUCGCAGUUCCCAGAUCCCCACGGAGCUCAAGGCUCUUCGAUGCUUUCGAUCCUAAAGUUGCUUCGCACUCGAACGUUGCUAAUUAACUAAACCGAAAUCGCAAACCAAACCAACCCAAACCAAUUCCAAUCCCAAUCACUGCUCCUGUCCCUGUUCCGCAUCGCUCCCACUGCUUCUACUCUAUACCACAGAUGCACGGCCGAUCGUGGAUUAAAGCGUCUCAGCGUGCGCAAUCUGAAGAAGACGCUCUCCCAGCCGGAUUUACUAUUUCAUAAUA